CAGUUUUAAUUGAUAUAGCGAAACUUGUUGUUCAUGUUUUUUUACGCUCGAAUGAUCUCUAUGAAUUACGAAACCGGCUCCUCCGUUGCCGAAUGCAGUCCGCAGUCCGUGCGUGAAAGUCUGUCUGUGUUGUCGUUGUUUUCCUAAUUUUUUGCUGAUGAACUAUGGAAAUUGAGCAUGCGGUAAAUGUGAAGCUCCUAUUCUUCGCGCAAUCCAAAGAACUGGCCGGCACCAAGGAGACUUCCAUCCUAUUGCCAAAGAAGAUCAGCUACCAACAGCUUCUAAACAUUAUCACAGAAAACUAUAAUCUCCAGGCUAUAAAGAAUAAUAUAUUGUUGGCCAAAAACGAGGAAGUCUGUGACGAAAGUGUAGAUAUUGAGAUCAACGAGAGAGAUCAUAUUGCUGUGAUUCCACCACUGAGUGGGGGCUAA